GUCUUUAACAGUCAUUGUUCAUCCUCAACAACAUCAACAUGAAGUUUCAACUUUGGGUAGUCGCAGUACUUUCAGUCUUAGUUCUCGUUCAAGCGAGCAAGAAGAAGGCUGAUGGGAAAACCUUGGUCGACAAAAAGGAAAAGAGAGGAUUAUUGGAUUUGGGAUAUGGAGGAGGAAGUUUUGGAGGACAUGAUUUGGGUGGCGAUAUUGGAGGAGAUUUAGAACAUGGAUUUGGAGGAGGAUUUGGUGGAGAUUUGGGACAUGGAUUAGAAGGACAACUUGGAGGUGAUUUGGGGCAUGGAUUAGGCGGAGGACUUGGUUCAGGUGGAUUUGGAGGAGGAGAAGGAGGGUUUGGAGGAAGCAUUCAAACUCAAGGACAUGUUAAGCACAUCACCAUCCACAAGGAAACACCUUAUCCAGUACCACAUCCAGUUCCAUAUCCAGUUGAGAAGACUGUACCAUACACAGUCAAAUAUCCAGUUCAUGUACCAGUCGAUAAGCCAUACCCAGUUCAUGUACCAAAACCAUACCCAGUCCCAGUUGAUAAACCAAUCCCAUAUACUGUUGAAAAGACUGUCCCAUACCCAGUCAGUGUGCCAGUAAAGGUACCAGUCCCACAUCCUUACCCAGUACCAAUUCCAAAACCAGUUCCAUACACUGUUCACAAACAAGUCCCAUACCCAGUCAAGGUACCAGUCAUCGUACAUAAGCAUAUUCCAAUCUACGUUAAAGGACACGAUAGUGGACUUGGAGGAGGAUUCGGUGGAGGAAUUGGAGGUGGAUUCGGAGGAGGACAUGGAUAUGGACACCACGUUAAUAUUAUCGCUUUGUUAUGUGCCUUAGUUGUCGUCUCAGCGAGCGAGAAGAAGGCACUUAGCAAAGUUGAGAAGAGAGGAUUGUUGGAUCUUGAUAAUGGAGGACAUGGGUUUGGAAGUGGAUUAGAAUUAGGAGGACAUGGAUUAGGAGGAGGAUUUGGAUCGGGUGGAUUUGGAGGAAGCAGUUUUGGAGGCGGAUCUGGAUUUGGAGGUGGAAUUGAAACUCAAGGACAUGUUAAGCACAUCACCAUCCACAAGGAAACACCUUAUCCAGUACCACAUCCUGUUCCUUAUCCAGUUGAGAAAACUGUACCUUACACCGUCAAAUAUCCAGUUCAUGUACCAGUCGAUAAACCAUACCCAGUUCAUGUACCAAAACCAUACCCAGUCCCAGUAGAUAAACCAGUACCAUACACUGUUGAAAAGACCGUUCCAUACCCAGUCAGUGUACCUGUAAAGGUACCAGUCCCACAUCCAUACCCAGUACCAAUCCCAAAACCAGUCCCAUACACUGUUCACAAGCAAGUCCCAUACCCAGUUAAGGUACCAGUCAUCGUACACAAGCAUAUUCCAAUCUACGUUAAAGGACAUGAUAGUGGACUUGGAGGAGGAUUCGGUGCUGGAAUUGGAGGGGGAUUCGAAGGCGGUUUCGGAGGAGGACAUGGAUAUGGACAUCAUUAA